GCUUCCAUGCUUUAUCAGAAGCAUUGUAUAUUUUUGAUGAUUUUUUCGCGCGAUAUAUUCAUUUGUAGUUUAUGAAGGAGCUUUUCGAUUAUGAUGCAAUGCGGUGCUAAGGAAAACUGAAUGCUUGAAGUUCCAUAUGUAGUGGAGCGCUUCAUUUCACCCUUGAACUGAAUUUUUAAUGUGAUCAUUUUGUACAGGCAUGGCGGCCCAGGUCUGACCUGUUCCUUAAACUUUGCUUGCUUGUGUUAACACUUGACGCUUACUAACCGCAAUGCCUCGGUUAAAUCUUGUAACUGCUGUGUGCCGCCUUUGUAAGCAAAUCAUCCCCGUCACGACAUCUGUUUUACAGCGAAGAACGCUGAGCACCGGUUCUUCACGCUACGUAUUGGGAAUAGAAACUUCCUGUGAUGACACAGGAGCUGCUAUUGUUGAUGAGAAUGGCAGAGUGCUUUCGGAGUCACUGUUCUCGCAAUUGCCCAUUCAUAUCCGCAAUGGUGGUAUCAUCCCGCCGGUUGCACGUGAUCUGCACCGUGCUAAAAUCCAAGGAGUCGUAAACGAAUGUGUACAGGCUUCGGGCUUGGAUCCUGAACAACUGGAUGCUGUAGCCGUCAGUGUUAAACCCGGAAUGGCCAUGGCACUUUUAGUUGGCAUGAACCAUGCCAAGGAGAUCGCUAGGAAAUGGAACAAGCCACUGAUACCCAUCCACCACAUGGAAGCCCACUGCUUGACAAUUCGCAUGGUGGAGCCCGUAGAUUUUCCUUUUUUGUAUCUGUUGGUCUCAGGUGGCCACGCACUGAUCGGAGUGGCUGACGACAUUAACAAGUACCAGUUAUUUGGAUCCACCACUGAUGAUGCCCCAGGCGAAGCGCUGGAUAAAACCUGUCGGGAAAUGCGGUUACCACUACUCCCGCAGUAUGAAAAAAUGAGUGGCGGCGCUGUGAUGGAUGAUCUGGCACGGUUUGGGGAUCGGGACUUUUUUGACUUUCCGGUAGCCAUGUCGCGUCGGCGUGAUUGCGAGUUUUCGUUUGGUGGCCUGAAGUGGGCAGCGAAAAAAAUUAUCAUGGCGGAAGAAAAAAAACAUGACUUUGGUCCACACGGAGUUAUACCAACUGCUCACCAUCUUUGCGCGUCGUUCUUGCAUGCCGUUAUCAGGACUAUUGCAAAACGAGUGGAACGGGCCAUGCGGUACAUAGAAAUGUACGACCUUCUCCCUCCGGAAAGGCGAAAACUCGUCUUGUCGGGUGGUGUAGCCUGCAGCAGCUACCUUAGAGAGAUGCUGGCGUUCCUUUGCGAGAAGAACGGCUAUACAUUGCAUGUUCCGCCUCCCAGACUGUGCACGGAUAAUGGAAUCAUGAUCGCCUGGAAUGGCAUGGAAAAACUAAAGAGAAAUAUGGAUUUAGUACCAAUAGAGAAUCUGCAUACUGUUGAUAUCGAUGCCAAAGCACCGUUUGGAGAGGAUAUUUCUAGUAAAGUGACCACAGCCGGAAUACGAAUCGGCACCGUGAAGUUUCCCGAAUGGUCCAAGAAAAUCAAAAUGGAUCCGAAUGACGGCCGAAGUGCUCUGGAUAUAAUUAAUGAUCGUGAUUGUGAUCUAAAAGUGUCUGUUGCGAAUUGAUUUUUUGGAUGUUUUGAACUGUGAUCCGGAAAUUAAUAAGGCUCGCGCAGUCGUACCGACAAUGCAAUCGGUUUUACAAAGUAAAUGUACGUUACAGAACGUGUGUGCGUGAAAUAUUGAAGCCUAUUAAAGUC